CGCCCCGUCCCGUGCGCUGCCGACGGAGCAUGGCGGGCCCGAGCGGCGGGGCUCGGCGGCUGCUGCUGCCCCUACGCCUCCGCCCGCCGCCGCCGAUCUGCCCGGGGCCGCCGUACAGGACCGGCAGUUCGGCGGCGGCGGCGGCGGGGCCGGCGCGGCUGAAGGGACCGGCGGAGCUGCCGGGGCCGGGGCUGCUCAGGACUUUCGUCUGGCUCUUCCUGCGCGGCUACCUGCUGCAUACGCACCGCCUCCAGCUAAUGUCCCGGCGCAUCUAUGGCCCCAUCUGGAGGUCAACCUUUGGACACUACCAGAACAUCAACAUCGGGAGCCCGGUGGUGCUGGAGCAGCUGCUGCGGCAGGAGGGCAAGUACCCGAUGCGGAGCGACAUGGCCCUAUGGAAGGAGCACCGGGACACGCGACGCCUGCCCUACGGACCCUUCACUGAGGAAGGGGAGCGCUGGUACCGCCUGCGGCAGGUCCUCAACAAGCGGCUGCUGAAGCCCUCGGAGGCGGUGCUGUACGCGGAUGCCAUCGGUGAGGUGGUGUCUGACCUGAUGGUGCGGCUGCGGGACGAGCGGAGCCGCAGCCCCUCAGGGGUGCUGGUGGGGGAUGUGGCCAACCUGCUGUACCGCUUCGCCCUGGAAGGGAUCUCCUAUAUCCUUUUCGAGACCCGCAUUGGGUGCCUGAAGCAGCAGGUCCCCGCCGAGACCCAGCACUUCAUCGAUUCCAUCAACCUCAUGUUCAAGAACUCUAUCUUUGCCACUGUCCUGCCCCGCUGGAGCCGCAAGGUGCUGCCCUUCUGGGACCGCUACCUGGACAGCUGGGACACCAUCUUUGCCUUUGGCAAGAGGCUGAUCGAUCGGAAGAUGAAGGAGCUGGAGGGGCACGUGGAGAAGGGCAUGGAGGUGUCUCAGGGCUAUCUGAGCUACCUGCUGGCCAGCGGCCACCUCAGCCUGGACGAGGUGUAUGGCAGUGUGGCCGAGCUGCUGCUGGCUGGCGUGGACACGACCUCCAACACAUUGUGCUGGGCUCUCUACCACCUCUCCCGAGACUUGGGCAUCCAGGAGACCCUGUAUCAGGAGCUGAAAGCCGUCGUGCCCCCAGACCGGUUUCCUGGUGCUGAGGAUAUCCCCAAGAUGCCGAUGCUCCGGGCUGUUAUCAAGGAGACGCUGAGGGUGUACCCCGUGGUGCCCACCAACGCCAGAGUCUUCUAUGAGAAGGACAUCAUCAUCGGAGACUACCUCUUCCCCAAGAAUACCCUCUUUGUCCUGGCACACUAUGCCAUGUCCCAUGACGAGACCUACUUUCCCGAGCCGGAGCGCUUCCUGCCCCAGCGCUGGCUCCGGGGACACGGUUCCCCCCACCACCCCUUCAGCUCCAUCCCUUUUGGCUAUGGGGUCCGUGCCUGCGUUGGUCGCCGCAUCGCUGAGCUGGAGAUGCACCUGGCCCUCGCCAGGAUCAUCCAAGCCUUCGAGGUGCGGCCAGACCCCCGUGGCGUGGAGGUGACAUCUGUGUCCCGCAUCGUCCUGGUGGCUGACAAGCCCAUCAACCUGGAGUUCAUCGCUCGCCCGGGGGCCCCCUGAGCUCAGGGCAUCGUUGUGCCUUUCACAUGCCACCGGGAGUGCCCCCAUCUGCCCCGUGCACAGGAACCAGGGGGCACAGGGAGGGGUUUGCAGCCAUUGGGUGGGUGUUCUUCGUCCCGUGAUUGUGCCGCUGCGUGUGGAGCUGUGCCUGGGGUCCUGCCUGAAUAACUGACCUUGGCCCCAGCCCCUUCUCCGUGCCUCAGUUUCCCCCGUCCUCACACUGCAGGGCUGAGCUGCCAGCAGGGUUCGGGGUUGAGCGAUGGGGUUUUAGGGUUUGUGUGUGGUCCCAAGGGAUGGAGUCAGGUGACCCUACAGGGAUGGGUGCUGGCACCAUGUCUCCUGGCAGCACCAGGACUACAGAGCACAGGGGAUCUUCUGCCAUCAGCUGUCCUUCCCCA